AUGGAGGUAUUUAAUAAGUUUUACUCGUCAGUGAGUAAUACCGUUUCUCAAUUAUCAGGAGUAUUACCCGGCAACCCGGUAACAAGAGAAUUUGAAGCCACCCAAUUCAUUGCAAGUGCCGGACCAGGUUUGUUAUGGAAAGUUUAUAAAGGUUAUAAAAAAUCAACGAAGCAAGAGGCUUCGAUAUUUGUUUUCGAAAAAAAACAUCUUGAUAGAUGGACAAAAGGCGACAGAGAUGUCAUGAUCGACAUAUUAAGGCGUGGUAUAGUGCAACUUACAAAGCUGCGCCAUCCGCAGAUAUUAACUGUCCAGCACAGCUUAGAAGAGAGCAGGGAAAGUCUUGCAUUUGCAACAGAACCAGUAUUUGCAAGUUUGGCAAAUAUUUUAGGGAAUACAGAAAAUAUGCCUCAGCCUAUCCCCAACAAUUUGAUCAAUUACAAAUUGUAUGAGGUUGAAAUAAAGUAUGGCCUAAUGCAAAUAGCCGAGGGCUUGGCAUUUCUUCAUAAUGAUGUUAAACUGCUCCACCACAAUAUUUGUCCAGAAUCUAUUAUAGUUAAUCAGCAAGGUGCUUGGAAAAUAUUUGGCUUUGAUUUCUGCAUUGCGAACCAGAGUUCACCUGGUGCUGCUUCAUUUUGGCCUUUUACUGAGUACUGUCAGGCAAUACAUCCUUUAACUCAACCAUCAUUGGAUUAUUUAGCACCGGAAUAUAUUUUAUCAGCAACACAUUCUCCAGCUAGUGAUAUUUAUUCUCUUGGAAUGAUGAUAUAUGCUCUGCACAGUACUGGACAUCAGACGUUGGGCAAUAUUGGGAAUGAUUAUAUGAAGUUUAAAAAAUUUGUGAAUGAAAUAAGGAAUCUGCCUCAAUCUCGUUUGCUAUGUGUUACUGAAGGCCUGAGAGAGUAUGUAAAACUGAUGCUAAACACAACACCUGAGUUACGUCCAGAUCCACAUCAGUUUGUCAAGAUUCCUUAUUUUGAAGAUGUCGGUGUCAAAACUUUGAACUAUUUAGAUUCAUUGUUUCAAUGGGAUAACUUACAGAAAUCACAAUUCUAUAAAGGCCUGCCUCAAAUCAUACAAAAGAUGCCACACCGUAUAUGUAUAUACAGAAUAUUGCCAUGUCUUACGAAGGAGUUUGUUAAUCCACCAAUGGUUCCAUUUGUGCUACCAAAUGUGCUUUUAAUUGCAGAAAACUCGAAUAAGGAGGAGUACAAAAUGGAACUCUUGCUUAAGUUGACACCAGGAGAAGAGGUGAAGAGCGACAUACUUCCAAUGUUGUAUAGGGCACUCGAGUCUGACGCUCAGCAAAUUCAGGAGCUUUGCCUUUCCGUUUUACCAACAUUCGCAUCCCUUAUAGAUUAUCCAGCCAUGAAAAAUGCUCUCCUUCCAAGGAUAAAGAAAUUGUGCAUGAGCACAAAUUACAUCUCUGUGCGUGUGAAUUGCUUGCUCUGUUUGGGAAAGCUUUUGGAGCAUUUGGACAAAUGGUUGGUGCUGGAUGAAAUUAUACCUUUCCUGCCGCAGAUACCAUCAAGGGAGCCUGCUGUUUUGAUGGGUAUAUUAGGUAUCUAUAAACUUGCUUUAAGCCAUAAAAAGCUUGGUAUUACCAAAGAGGUUAUGGCAACCAAAGUUCUACCAUUCCUGAUUCCCCUGUGUGUAGAGAACGGACUGACUUUGAAUCAGUUCAAUGCAUUGAUAACACUUGUCAAGCAGAUGAUUUCAAAGGUAGAAGCUGAGCACAGGGCUAAGUUGGAGCAACUUAAUUCCAUACAAAAUGAAUCUAAGGUUAUGGAACAAGCUUUGACGUCAACAUCGGAUAAUCUAGUUCCAGCACCAACACCUCAGACUGACAUUGACAAGAUGUUUUCAGGUCUUGGUUUGGACCCCUUUGCAUUCAAUUCUAGCAAACAGCCCGAAAAACCGCAGCCAGCGAUUCCGAGCACGACAUCUACUGCUGGAUCUUUAAGUAUUGAAGAGAAGCAAAGGUUAGCCCAGCAGCAAGACACUGUUAGGAAGUUUAGCCGACAGCCACCUCCGGCCGCAAUUCCCGCCCCCAUGCCUCAACCGUCCAAACCGUUGGACCUAACAAGUUCACUCCUUCAGACCAAUCUCAACCAGUUAUCCCAAAAGUCAUUCACAGCAGCGACAAGUCCUCAAAGCUCAACACAAAGCACUUUGGGGGUGAACCUGUCCAGGCCUAAUUAUGGAGUGCCAAAUUUCACGAGCAACCCGCCUUCAAUGAAUCUUGGCUACACCCAGAAUCCUACCGGUUUCGACAGUCAGCUUGCGUUGCCCGCCAACACGGGGUGGGUAGCGCCCGUCAACACCAACUUUAAUAACAAAUGGGCAAAUAACCAGAGUAAUCAAAGUAGCAUGAAACAAGACUGGUCCGCUUUCGAAUCUCUACUGCCAACCCAAAGCCAGGGCAAUAACAGUAUUAAUGAAGGCAAGAAAGAUGGCAACAGCGAAAUGAUGGAUUUGUUGAGU